CACGUGACGAGAGAGGUCAGCUGAUCACGGAGUCUGACAAGAUCGUCUUAACCUCCAGAUAGAAGAGCCAAAACAUCCCGACAGUUAUAAAUCCGGAUAAAAGAGAACGGGUUCACUGUUUAUUGGAUCAAACUGAGCUAAACACAGGAGCGACAAUAUCGAGCAAAAGGCGACAAGAUGUCUGGGAAAGACAGGAUCGACAUAUUCCCUUCCAGAAUGGCUCAGACCAUCAUGAAAGCUCGGCUCAAAGGAGCACAGACGGGGCGCAACCUGUUGAAGAAGAAAUCCGACGCCCUCUCCAUGCGGUUCCGUCAGAUCCUUCGCAAAAUAAUUGAGACUAAAACCAAAAUGGGGGAGGUGAUGAGGGAGGCAGCGUUCUCGCUGGCGGAAGCCAAGUUUGCUGCCGGCGACUUCAGCACAACUGUAAUCCAGAAUGUCAACAAAGCCCAGGUGAAGGUCCGAGCCAAGAAAGACAACGUGGCAGGAGUCACUCUUCCAGUGUUUGAGCACUAUCAGGAAGGUGGCGACAGUUACGAGCUCACCGGUCUGGCUAGAGGAGGGGAGCAGCUCUCCAGGCUGAAGAGGAACUAUGCCAGGGCUGUUGAGCUGCUGGUGGAGUUGGCCUCCUUACAGACGUCCUUCGUCACUCUGGAUGAAGCCAUUAAGAUUACCAACCGCCGCGUGAACGCUAUCGAACACGUGAUUAUCCCUCGGAUCGACCGCACCCUCACCUACAUCAUCACAGAGCUGGACGAGAGAGAACGAGAGGAGUUCUACCGGCUGAAGAAGAUCCAAGAGAAGAAGAAGCAGCUGAGGGAAAGGACUGAUCGUGAGAUUGCCGCCCGCUUGGCUGAACUUGGUCCCAUCUCUGAGCCCUCUAACAUGCUGACCGAGGAGACCGACGAAGACUUGCUAUUUGAGUGACGAGAACUUCAAUUCAUGUUCAAUGCUUAUUUAUUUCGUGCCUCUCGGGCCACAUCGAUGUCUUUUGUGCAAAUGAGAACACCUCUGUGUACGUGUGUGCUGUGAUUUGUCAUAUUGUUCCAGUAAUGCAAUGUUCAGUUUGGAUCUCGGGGUGUUGCAUGCUGUUAAAAGUCCUUAAGGUGUUCAAGUUUGUGCUGUGGAGCCUCGUGCUGACACUGACCUCAUGUCAGUUGAAGGUUUGUAUUUCACCAGAACUCUUAUUGUGAUCCUGUUGUAAAACUUCAUGCACAAGUCACA